AUGAACCGCGAGAUCGCGUUGAGGGAGAGAUGUGUUGUGGUGGCGCCGCAGUAUCGUCUUGCUCCGGAGCACAAGUAUCCCGUCGGCAUCAACGACUCAUGGUAUGCUCUCAAACACAUUGCUGGAAAAGCUUCCAUCUUCGGUGGUGAUCCUGCAUUGGGCUUUGCGAUUGGUGGCGAGAGUGCUGGUGGUGUCGUUGCAGCAGCAUUGCAGCUACGAGCUCGUAAUGAGAAGUUACAGCCACCUCUUACCGGAGCUCUCUUGAGUGCUGGCUCCUACUUCAAUCCUGACAACCUCCCGCCAGAAUACAAGCACGUCUACCGCUCUCGCUAUGAUGACCUCUGCAAGAACUCGCCAAUGCUGAGCGCCAAAAGCGCAAAGGCGUUUUCCGACUGUCCUGCUGCGGACUGGACUACUGCUGACUAUCGUGCUGCUCUGGACCCUCAGAAGCAUGUCGAUUGGCCGCGGACUUAUGUGCAGACUUGUGGUGCGGAUAUGAUCCGAGAUGAUGGUAUUAUUUACCACGACUUGCUGCGGCAACGGGGCGUGGAAACGAAGCUGAGCGUGUAUGAAGGCGCUCCGCACUGCUUCUGGUUCUUGUUCCCUGAUACGGUCCUGGGCAAGAAAUGGAGGGAGGAUACUCACUCGGGUAUAUUGCUUGGCUGCUGCGCAGAUCUUGAAGAUUGCUUGCGUUCACUACUAAAAUAA